AUGUCGCGGGCGGAGGCGAAUUGGGAGCGGCUGGUGCGCGCGGCGCUUCGUGGGGAGCGGGUGGGCGCCGCCGCCGCCGCGGCCGCGCACCCGGUCACCGGAAUCGCGGGGAUCGUCCCUUCGUCUUUGGCGAACAACGAGCACAUAGAGGAGAUUCUCAGAGCCGCCGAUGAGAUCCAAGACGUGGACCCUAGUAUAUCAAGAAUCCUAUGUGAGCAUGCAUAUUCUCUUGCGCAAAAUUUGGAUCCUAAUAGUGAAGGCAGAGGUGUGUUACAAUUCAAGACAGGUCUAAUGUCGGUCAUAAGGCAAAAACUUGCGAAAAGGGAAGGUGGAAUUAUAGAUCGCAGCCAGGAUAUUGCUCGCCUGCAAGAAUUUUACAAACGUUAUAGAGAACAAAAUAAAGUAGAUGAGUUGCGUGAAGAUGAGAUGAAGUUGAGGGAAUCUGGUGUUUUCAGUGGUAAUCUUGGAGAGUUGGAACCUAAAACUAGAAAAAGGAGGAAAGUACUUGCAACUCUGAAAGUACUAGGGUCUGUCGUAGAGGAGCUAACUAGAGAAAUGCCCCCUGAUGCUGCAGAAAAGUUGAUAUCUGAGGAGAUGAAACGAGUUAUGGAAAAGGAUGCUGCAAUGACAGAAGAUGUAGUAGCUUAUAACAUUAUUCCAUUGGAUUCACCGUCUAUAACAAAUGCCAUCGUCUCGUUUCCAGAGGUCAGAGCGGCGGUUUCAGCUUUGCAGUACUAUAGGGGGCUUCCUAAGCUGCCUAGUAAUUUUCCUAUUCCUGUUGCGAGGAAUGCUGAUAUGCUGGAUUUUUUGCAUUAUGUAUUCGGGUUCCAGAAAGAUAAUGUUGGUAACCAACGUGAACAUGUAGUUCACCUUCUUGCAAAUGAACAGUCUCGACUUGGCAAAGUUUUAGGGAUUGAACCGAAAAUUGAUGAGGGUGCUGUGCAUAUUGUAUUCUCCAAGUCGCUUGACAAUUAUAUAAAGUGGUGCAACUAUUUGCCACUUCGGCCCGUGUGGAAUAACACGGAGUUAUUGAGCAAAGAAAAGAAAUUGCUGUAUCUCUGUCUGUACUUUCUCGUAUGGGGAGAGGCUGCCAAUGUUCGAUUUCUUCCUGAGGGCUUAUGUUACAUAUUUCAUCAUAUGGCAAGAGAGAUGGAGGAGAUUUUGCGUCAGCAAACUGCACAACCGGCUAGUAGUUGUGUUUCUGAAAAUGGCGUUUCAUUUCUUGACCAAGUUAUUUCUCCUUUAUAUGAAGUCAUAGCAGCUGAGGCUGCAAACAAUGACAAUGGGCGGGCACCGCAUUCUGCCUGGAGAAACUAUGAUGAUUUCAAUGAGUUUUUCUGGUCUCUUCACUGUUUUCAAGUAGGUUGGCCAUGGCGACUUAACCUCCCAUUUUUCACAAAGCCUACCAAGAAGGAAAAGAGUUUGCUCUCUAUUGGUAGAAACAAGCGUUGCGGCAAAACAUCUUUUGUUGAGCACCGUACUUUUCUUCAUCUUUACCAUAGCUUUCACCGGCUCUGGAUAUUUCUUCUUAUGAUGUUCCAGGGAUUAACUAUCAUUGCUUUCAACAAUGGUCAGCUGAAUAUGAAGACCGUGAAAGAGGUUCUUAGUCUUGGCCCGACAUACGUUGUCAUGAAGUUUAUUGAAAGUGUACUGGACAUCCUUAUGAUGUGUGGUGCGUUUUCUACAUCUCGGCGUUCAGCUAGGGCCAGGAUAUUUUACCGUUUUUGUUGGUUUUCUGUUGCCUCAAUGGCUAUUUGUUACCUAUAUGUAAAAGCUCUCCAAGACGGGACAAAUUCUGCUAUUUUCAAGAUAUAUUAUGUUGUGCUAGGUGCAUAUGCUGGUGUCCAGAUUUUUAUUAGCAUCCUUACGCGAAUUCCCUUUUGCCACCGUUUGACGGAACCAUGUCACCGCUGGUCUCUUGUGCGCCUUGUUAAAUGGAUGCACCAGGAACAAAACUAUGUUGGACGUGGCAUGUAUGAGGGAACUGCAGACUAUAUCAAAUAUGUUCUUUUUUGGCUUGUGGUACUUGGGGCAAAAUUUUCUUUUGCCUAUUUUCUUCAGAUCAAACCAUUGGUAUCGCCAACAAAGAUUAUUGUCAAUUUCAAAGGCUUACGCUAUUCGUGGCACGAUCUGGUUUCUCAGCAUAACCAUAACGCGCUGACAAUUCUUAGUUUAUGGGCGCCAGUGGUGGCGAUUUACCUUUUGGAUAUCUAUGUUUUCUAUACUGUGAUUUCCGCUAUUUAUGGGUUUCUACUUGGUGCGCACCUUCGCCUAGGGGAGAUUAGGUCUGUGGAGGCUGUUCAUAAACUUUUUGAGAAGUUUCCUGAAGCAUUUAUGGAUAAGCUUCAUGUUAAUCUUUCAAAAAGGGCACACUUAAAUUCCUCUGGUCAGAAUGCAGAGUUAAGAAAGUUUGAUGCAUCUAGAUUUGCUCCCUUCUGGAAUGAAAUCAUAAGAAAUUUACGUGAAGAGGAUUAUAUUACCAACCUUGAAAUGCAUUUACUUCUUAUGCCCAAGAAUUCUGGAAAUAUCCCGAUUGUACAGUGGCCGUUAUUUUUGCUUGCCAGCAAGAUAUUUAUGGCCAAAGAUAUUGCAAUAGAAUGCAAGGAUUCACAGGAUGAACUUUGGUUUAGAAUUUCGAGGGAUGAAUACAUGCAAUAUGCGGUGGAAGAGUGCUUCCACAGCAUUUACUAUAUCCUUAUCUCUAUAUUGGAUGAAGGUGGACGGAUGUGGGUGGAGACAAUAUAUAAAGAUUUAAGACACAGCAUUAUGAAGAAGAAUAUCCAGAAAGACGUUCAGUUGAGCAAGCUGCCACUUGUUAUCUCGAGGCUUACUGCAUUAAUUGGAAUGCUGAGAGAGGAGGAAACCCCUGAACGGCACAGUGGAGCUAUCAAAGCUGUCCAAGAUCUUUAUGAAGUGAUUCAUCAUGAUGUUCUAACAGUUAAUAUGAGCGAUAACAUUGACGAGUGGACUAAAAUACAUGAAGAAAGAAGUCAAGGUCGUCUUUUCACUGAUAUCAAGUGGCCAAAGGAUCCUGAGUUGAAAGAAUUGAUAAAGAGAUUACAUUCACUUAUAACCAUCAAAGAUUCUGCUGCAAAUGUACCGAAAAACUGGGAAGCCAGGCGUAGGCUGCAGUUCUUCACUAACUCUCUCUUCAUGAAAAUGCCUGCUGCUAAGCCAGUUUCUGAGAUGUUGUCCUUCAGUGUAUUUACCCCAUACUAUUCUGAGAUUGUCCUAUACAGCGUUGCCGAACUCCAAAAGAAGAAUGAGGAUGGUAUAUCCAUUUUGUUUUACCUCCAAAAGAUAUUUCCAGAUGAGUGGAAGAACUUUCUGUCUCGGAUUCGCCGAGAUGAAAAUGCUCAAGAUGCUGAACUUUUUGAUAGCCCAAAUGACAUAUUGGAGCUUAGAUUUUGGGCUUCUUAUCGUGGGCAGACCUUAGCAAGGACUGUUCGUGGAAUGAUGUACUACAGGAAAGCACUUAUACUCCAGAAUUAUUUGGAGAGGAUUACAUCCGAAGAUCCGGAAGCUGCAUUUGCGGUGCCCAAUUCAACUGAAAUGCAGGGUUUUGAAUUGUCUCCUGAAGCUCGUGCACAGGCUGAUCUUAAGUUUACAUAUGUUGUCACAUGUCAAAUAUAUGGCAGACAGAAGAUAGAAGGGAAGCCUGAAGCUGCAGACAUUGCAUUAUUGAUGCAGCGCAAUGAAGCUCUCAGAAUUGCAUACAUUGAUGAUGUUGAGAUCAUUAAGAAUGGUAAACCUAGCACAGAAUAUUAUUCAAAACUCGUCAAAGCUGACAUUCAUGGAAAGGAUAAGGAGAUUUAUUCUAUAAAGUUACCUGGGAAUCCAAAACUUGGUGAAGGUAAACCAGAAAACCAAAACCAUGCAGUGGUUUUUACUCGAGGAAAUGCUGUCCAGACCAUUGAUAUGAAUCAAGAUAACUAUUUUGAAGAAGCAUUGAAAAUGAGGAAUCUUCUUGAGGAGUUCCACAGUAACAAAUAUGGUAUUCGUAAGCCCACAAUCCUGGGUGUCAGAGAACAUGUCUUCACUGGAAGUGUUUCGUCUUUGGCUGCAUUUAUGUCAAAUCAGGAAACUAGUUUUGUAACUCUAGGCCAGCGUGUUCUUGCCAACCCAUUAAAAGUGCGUAUGCAUUAUGGGCAUCCAGAUGUUUUUGAUAGAGUUUUUCAUAUAACAAGAGGUGGUAUCAGUAAAGCAUCACGCAUCAUAAAUAUUAGUGAAGAUAUCUUUGCAGGUUUCAAUUCAACGUUACGGCAAGGCAACAUUACUCAUCACGAGUACAUUCAGGUUGGAAAAGGAAGAGAUGUUGGGCUUAAUCAGAUUGCAUUAUUUGAAGGGAAAGUUGCAGGGGGAAAUGGUGAACAAGUUCUCAGUAGAGAUGUUUACAGACUUGGACAGCUCUUUGAUUUUUUCCGAAUGAUGUCUUUCUAUAUUACAACUGUUGGAUUCUACUUUUGCACCAUGCUGACCGUGCUGACUGUUUACUUCUUUCUCUAUGGAAAAACCUAUUUGGCAUUAUCUGGUGUUGGUGCAUCAAUUCAAGAUAGAGCUGAUAUAUUGCAGAACACUGCCCUGGAUGCUGCUCUGAAUACCCAAUUUCUAUUCCAGAUUGGUGUAUUUACUGCCGUUCCUAUGAUUUUGGGUUUCAUCCUGGAAUUUGGUUUUCUUACGGCUGUGAUCAACUUCACGACGAUGCAGCUGCAGCUUUGUUCUGUUUUUUUCACUUUCUCUCUUGGAACUAGAACGCAUUACUUUGGUCGGACGAUACUCCAUGGGGGUGCAAAGUAUAGGGCAACUGGAAGGGGUUUUGUGGUCCGUCAUAUCAAAUUUUCAGAGAAUUACAGGCUUUACUCACGGAGCCAUUUUGUCAAGGGAUUGGAGGUUGUGCUUCUGUUGAUGGUAUUUCUUGCAUAUGGUUACAACAAUGGUGGAGCUGUAGGUUACAUCUUACUUUCAGUUAGUAGCUGGUUCAUGGCAAUCUCGUGGCUUUUUGCUCCCUACAUUUUUAAUCCAUCUGGGUUUGAAUGGCAAAAGACGGUGGAGGAUUUCAGAGACUGGACAAAUUGGCUUUUCUAUAGAGGUGGAAUUGGAGUUAAGGGGGAAGAAAGCUGGGAGGCUUGGUGGGACGAGGAAUUGGUUCAUAUUCAUACCCUCCGAGGGAGGAUAUUAGAGACUAUUUUGAGCUUCAGGUUCUUUAUCUUUCAAUAUGGCAUUGUGUACAAGUUGAACGCAAGUGAACAUAAUACAUCAUUGGCGGUAUAUGGGCUGUCGUGGAGCGUGCUAGCCGUGCUGUUCAUCCUUUUCCAGGUGUUUACUUUCAGCCAGAAGGCUUCUGUGAAUUUCCAGUUGGUGCUGCGUCUUAUCCAGAGCCUCUCAUUCUUGCUUGUAUUAGUCGGUCUUGCUGUUGCUGUCGCGGCUACGUCUCUCUCUCUUGUUGAUAUCUUUGCAUGCAUUCUUGCUUUUGUACCAACCGGCUGGGGCAUUCUCUCGAUUGCUGUGACAUGGAAGCCUGUGGUUAAGAGAAUAGGGUUGUGGAAGUCAGUGCGCUCGCUUGCUCGCCUAUUUGAUGCUGGGAUGGGGAUGUUUAUAUUCAUCCCUAUAGCCGUCUUUUCAUGGUUCCCCUUCGUAUCGACUUUCCAAACCAGGCUCCUAUUCAACCAGGCGUUCAGCAGAGGUUUGGAGAUUUCUCUCAUCCUUGCUGGAAACAAUCCGAAUGCUGGGAUUUAAAUGUCCCUACUCUUUAAUCUUUUCCGGGAGAUUGGCGGUUGUCUCUGUUUGCGUUAUCUUUGUAUUCUUAUAGGAGUAUUUAGCUGUAUAUUGUGUUCUGCAAUGUUGUAAUAUGUGGUCACAUUUAGGAAAUGCGAUGUGAAACUUAAUUAUAGCCCCUAUAUUACUUGGGAUAUUGCCUUAGCUAGGUUAGGUUGGCUCCUAGGCUAAAGCAACUCGUAGGCGGAGGAUUUUCCGGAAAGUUGAUUGACUUGGUCGAAACAUUUGACGACUGAGAUGCAUUCUACAAUUCUGCUGAGAAAUUUAACAUGUUGUAAUUCAGGGUGUUUUUUUUUUUCUUCAUUUUUGUUGGGGUUGACAAA